AUGGCGAGUGCCGGCGGCGCCGGCCCGUCAGGGCCGCCGCGGUCCACCUCCCAAACGGGGCGGCAGCGGACGAUGGCGCGGAUGCCCACGCGCGCCUACACCAUGCGCCCGGACGGAUUCUCCGGCGAGGACGGCGUCGAUGUCGUGGAGGAGGAGCUCGUGCCCUCGUCGCUCGCGCCCAUUGUACCCAUCCUCCGGGCCGCCAAUGAGAUCGAGGAGGAGAACCCGCGCGUCGCCUACCUAUGUCGCUUUACUGCAUUCGAGAAGGCUCAUAUUAUGGACCCAAACUCAAGUGGACGUGGAGUUCGGCAAUUCAAAACAUACCUCUUGCAUAGGCUUGUAAAGGAUGAACAAGACACAAAGCCCGUGCUUGCUACAACUGAUGCAAGGGAGAUACAAAAGUUCUAUGAGCAAUACUGUAGAAAAUAUCUAGAGGAAGAUCAGGAAAAGAGGAAACCGGAGGAGAUGGCUAGACACUAUCAGAUUGCAUCCGUCCUAUAUGAUGUUCUGAAAACUGUUACACCUGACAAACAUGAGUAUGAUAAGUACGCUAAAGGGGUUGAAAAGGAGAAAGCAUCCUUCUCACAGUACAAUAUUCUACCCCUUAAUAUUUCUGUUCCAAGACAACCAAUAAUGGAAAUUCCUGAGAUCAAAGCAGCAGUGGAGCUCCUUCGUCAGAUGGUUGACCUUCCAAUGCCAAGGAUUGAAUUAACACAAAGCUCUGAUGGAAAAACAGUGCCUGAUGAAAUGGACAGACAUGUGGUCCAUGACUUGCUUGAUUGGCUUUGGCAAACAUUUGGAUUUCAGAAAGGCAAUGUCGAGAAUCAAAAGGAGCAUUUGAUUUUGCUCCUUGCAAACAUUGACAUGAGACAACAGGGUACUUCCCACCAUAGUGAGAGACAUGUUCAACACAUGAUACAUAGUAACACGGUGAUAUAUUUGAUGGAUAAAAUUUUCAAUAAUUACAACUCCUGGUGUCGAUAUUUGCAUCUGGAGUCAAACAUUAGAAUCCCAAGGGAUGCCUCCACACAACAGCCAGAGCUUCUGUACAUAGGACUGUAUUUACUGAUAUGGGGUGAAGCUUCCAAUGUUCGCUUCAUGCCUGAAUGUCUUUGCUACAUCUUCCACCAUAUGGCAAGAGAUUUACAUGACAUAAUAUCUAAUAGAAGCGAAGGAUCAUUUGAGCCACCAUUCCAGCGAGAGGGGAGUGACGAUGCAUUUCUGCAGCUAGUAAUUCAACCCAUCUAUAGGGUUAUGCAGAAGGAAGCUGCAAGGAGCAAACGUGGUACAGUGAGCCACUCAAUGUGGAGAAACUACGACGACUUGAAUGAAUACUUUUGGUCAAAAAAAUGCUUCAAAAAACUUGGAUGGCCAAUGGAUCCAACAGCUGACUUUUUUGCGGAGACCAGAGCCAAGAAUGAAACUGAGCAACACGGUCACGUGAUUAGCAGAAGAAGGGCGUCAAAAACAAAUUUUGUUGAAGUUCGUACAUUUUUGCAUCUAUUCAGAAGUUUUGAUCGUAUGUGGGCCUUCUUUAUAUUGGCUUUCCAGGCCAUGGUAAUUAUUGCCUGGAGCCCUUCUGGGUUACUUUCUUCUAUAUUUGAACCAGAAGUUUUCAAAAAUGUAUUAACAAUCUUCAUAACAGCAGCAUUCCUCAACUUCCUUCAAGCCACGCUAGAGAUAAUUCUCAAUUGGAAGGCUUGGAAGAGCCUGGAGUGCUCACAAAGGAUACGAUAUAUCCUGAAGUUUGCUGUAGCUGUUGCCUGGUUGAUAAUUCUUCCUACUACAUACUCAAGCUCUAUUCAAAAUCCCACAGGCCUUGUGAAGUUCGUCAGCAAUUGGAUAAAUUUGCAGAAUGAAACAAUUUAUAAUUAUGCUGUUGCCCUUUACAUGUUACCAAACAUAUUCAGUGCCCUGUUUUUCAUGUUUCUACCAAUUCGACGGGCCUUAGAGCGCUCAAAUGCUCGCAUUAUUAGGUUUCUCUUAUGGUGGACCCAGCCAAAGUUAUAUGUUGCUCGAGGCAUGUAUGAAGACACUUGCUCACUUCUUAAGUACACAACGUUCUGGAUUCUACUGCUUAUAUGCAAGCUCGCCUUCAGUUAUUAUGUUGAGAUUGCGCCUCUAGUUGAACCUACCAGGAUAAUCAUGUCACUGGAAAGGCCACCUUACGAGUGGCAUGAAUUCUUCCCAAACUUGCGGCAUAAUUUAGGUGUUGUGGUUACUGUAUGGGCUCCGAUUGUCAUGGUAUACUUCAUGGACACGCAAAUAUGGUAUGCCAUUUUCUCCACAAUAUAUGGUGGAGUACAUGGUGCAUUCAGCCGCUUGGGUGAGAUACGAACCCUUGGGAUGUUAAGAUCAAGGUUUGAGGCAAUUCCAAGAGCAUUCGGCAAAAAACUUGUACCUAAUCAUGGUAGUCACUUGAAACAAGAUGAGGAGGACAAAAACCCACCCUUUGAUAAGUUUGCUGACAUAUGGAAUGCAUUUAUUAAUUCAUUGCGAGAAGAGGACUUACUAAGCAAUAGGGAGAAAGAUCUAUUGGUCGUUCCAUCAUCUGGCAGUGAAACAAGUGUUUUUCAGUGGCCUCCUUUCCUUCUUGCCAGUAAGAUUCCAAUUGCACUUGACAUGGCAAAGAGUGUCAAGAAAAAAGAUGAUGAACUCAUGAAGAGGAUAAAGCAGGAUCCUUAUACUGAGUAUGCUGUAAUAGAAUGCUACGAGACAUUAUUAGAUAUCCUUUACAGCAUUAUAGUUGAACAAAGUGAUAAGAAUGUUGUUGAUAGAAUAUGUGACAGCAUACAAGAUAGCAUCCGCCGGAAAUCACUCGUGAAAGAAUUCCGAUUGGAUGAGCUUCCUCAGCUAAGUGCUAAGUUUGAUAAAUUGCUAAAUCUACUGAAGGAAUAUGAUGAGAAUGAUCCUGUAAAGAAAAACACACAGAUUGCCAAUCUGUUGCAGGAUAUAAUGGAAAUUAUCACACAGGAUAUUAUGAAAAAUGGGCAAGGUGUCUUGAAGGACGAGGGCCCAAAACAACUGUUUGCAGAUUUAAAUCUGGACUCGUUGAAGCAUGUUGCUUGGAGGGAGAAGUGCAUUAGGCUUCAAUUGUUGUUGACAACAAAGGAAUCUGCCAUAUAUGUACCAACGAACUUGGAAGCUCGGCGUAGGAUCACCUUUUUUGCAAACUCGCUUUUUAUGAAAAUGCCAAGGGCACCACCUGUCCGUAGCAUGAUGUCCUUCAGUGUUUUAACUCCAUACUUCAAAGAGGAGGUGCUCUUUUCCCCAGAAGAUCUUCAUAAGAAAAAUGAGGAUGGUAUAUCAAUACUGUUCUACCUACGGAAAAUAUAUCCAGAUGAAUUUAGGAACUUCCUUGAGCGGAUAGAGUUUAAACCGAAAGAUGAAGAAGAACUUAAAGACAGUAUGAAUGAUAUCUGUCUUUGGGCAUCUUAUAGGGGUCAAACGCUCACCAGAACAGUGAGAGGAAUGAUGUACUACAGGAAGGCACUUGAAAUCCAAUGCCUUCAAGAUACCAAAGAUCCUGCUAAAUUUGACCGAUACAGAUCAAUAGAAUCCUAUCAAGAGUUGCAAUCUGGUAUUGAAAUGGCACAAGCUAUUGCUGAUAUCAAAUUCACCUAUGUUGUCUCAUGUCAAGUCUAUGGCAUGCAAAAGACGUCAAAGGAUGUAAAAGACAAAAGCCGCUAUCAGAAUAUCCUCGAUCUCAUGAUAAUAAACCCAUCACUACGAGUUGCUUUCAUUGAUGAGGUCGAAGCUCCAACCGGAAAUGGAGCAACUGAGAAGACGUAUUAUUCCGUUCUUGUCAAAGGUGGUGAAAAAUAUGAUGAGGAAAUUUACCGCAUAAAGCUUCCCGGCAGACCAACAGAUAUUGGAGAGGGAAAACCUGAAAACCAAAAUCAUGCUAUCAUCUUCACCAGGGGAGAAGCACUUCAGGCCAUUGAUAUGAAUCAGGAUAAUUAUAUUGAGGAGGCGUUUAAAAUGAGAAAUGUGCUGGAGGAGUUUGAUGAGAGUAAAAAGUAUGGGAAGAGCAAACCCACUAUAUUAGGCCUACGUGAGCACAUUUUUACUGGAAGUGUUUCGUCACUGGCUUGGUUUAUGUCCAAUCAAGAGACCAGUUUUGUUACUAUUGGGCAAAGAGUUCUGGCAAAUCCUCUCAAGGUUCGGUUCCAUUAUGGCCACCCAGAUAUUUUUGAUAGACUCUUCCAUAUCACCAGAGGAGGCAUAAGUAAAGCUUCAAAGACUAUAAAUCUGAGUGAAGAUAUCUUUUCAGGUUUUAAUUCAACCAUGAGAGGAGGAAAUGUUACACAUCACGAAUACAUGCAAGUUGGUAAGGGGCGUGAUGUGGGGAUGAAUCAGAUUUCUAGCUUCGAAGCUAAGGUGGCCAAUGGCAACGGUGAACAAACAUUAAGCCGUGACAUUUAUCGGCUUGGACGUAGAUUUGACUUCUACAGAAUGUUAUCUUUCUAUUUUACUACAGUUGGGUUCUAUUUCAGUAGCAUGGUUACUGUACUUACUGUCUAUGUGUUUUUGUAUGGGAGGCUUUAUCUGGUUAUGAGUGGUCUGGAAAGGUCUAUUAUGCUGGAUCCACGAAAUCAGCAGAAUGUCAAGGCUCUCGAAAAUGCACUGGCUUCACAGUCUAUUUUCCAGCUAGGUUUGCUGCUUGUCCUCCCUAUGGUCAUGGAAGUUGGCUUAGAGAAAGGGUUCCGCACAGCGUUAGGAGAGUUUGUAAUCAUGCAGCUUCAGUUGGCCUCUGUGUUCUUCACAUUCCAGCUUGGCACCAAAACCCACUACUAUGGGAGAACAAUACUCCAUGGUGGUGCAAAAUACAGACCUACAGGCCGUGGAUUCGUUGUGUACCAUGCAAAGUUUGCUGAAAAUUAUCGUAUGUACUCCCGUAGCCACUUUGUUAAAGGACUGGAACUCUUGAUACUUUUGGUUGUAUAUCUAGUCUACGGAAGAUCCUAUCGCAGCUCAAGCCUAUACCUAUUUGUCACCUGCUCCAUAUGGAUCCUUGUUGCUUCAUGGCUCUUCGCACCAUUUAUCUUCAAUCCAUCGUGCUUUGAGUGGCAGAAGACUGUUGAUGACUGGACAGAUUGGAGGAAGUGGAUGGGUAACCGAGGGGGUAUUGGCAUGUCUGUGGAACAGAGCUGGGAAGCUUGGUGGGUAGGUGAGCAAGAACACCUCAGGAAGACUAGCAUCCGAGCCCUUCUGUUGGAAAUCAUCCUUUCACUUCGAUUUUUGAUCUACCAGUAUGGUAUUGUCUACCAUCUGAACAUAGCAGAUCACCACAAAAGCAUUAUGGUAUAUGCAGUGUCAUGGGUGGUUAUGCUCCUUGUUCUAGUAGUGCUGAAGAUGGUUUCAAUAGGGCGGCAAAAAUUUGGAACAGACCUGCAGCUUAUGUUCCGCAUUCUCAAGGGCCUUCUCUUCCUUGGCUUUGUCUCUGUGAUGGCAGUCCUAUUUGUUGUCUUACACCUUACUAUUUCUGAUGUCUUCGCUAGUAUCCUUGGAUACUUGCCUACUGGAUGGUGUCUUCUUCUGAUUGGACAAGCAUGCUCACCAUUGAUUAAGAGGACCAUGCUGUGGGACUCCAUCAUGGAGCUCGGAAGGUCAUACGAGAAUAUAAUGGGUCUCAUCCUCUUCCUGCCCAUCGGUUUCCUGUCAUGGUUCCCCUUCGUCUCUGAAUUCCAGACACGGCUGCUGUUUAACCAGGCAUUUAGCCGGGGCCUCCAGAUCUCAAGGAUCCUUGCUGGUCAGAAGGGUAUUGGCGAGUUCGAGUUCGAGUGA